AUGUCACUGAUCAUACUACCCGUGUUUCGACCGCAUCGGUCAUUUCAUUUACGAAAAAGGUGUGUCGUAAAAUCACGUACAGCCAUCACUAAGAAAUCAUUUUUUCCAAAUUUUAAUCCACAGGGUUUCACCUUUCGUGCCGAUAACAAUUCUGAGUACGACAAAGAUACCAAUGAAAGCGAGUUAAACGAUACAGCGCCACAACCUGAAAACACAGCACCGACGGAUUUCUUAACAACAACUGCAAAACUGGCCGAAGCUGUUCUUACAAUCAAAGAUAAAUCGUCGAAAGUAGUAUUUAUGAGUUUGGGCGGACAGAAAGAUCCAGAUUUGUAG